UAUUCUUUUUUUUUUUUAAUUUCUUUUUAAUGCUUAUUUUUGAGAGAGAGUACAAGUCGGAAAGGGGCAGAGAGAGAGGGAGACACAGAAUCUGAAGCAGGCUCCAGGCUCUGUGCUGUCAGCACAGAGCUUGAUGUGGGGCUCAAACUCAGACUGAGAGAUCAUGACCCGAGCUGAUGUCUGAUGCUUAACCAACUGAGCUACCCAUGUGCCCCUAUCCUUGUUAUUCUUUGAACUAAAACUAAAAAGGCUUUCAUUUCAUCCUUUUCUUUUUUUUUUAAGCCCUAGAAUCACAGUUCUUUAUAACUAUCCCCCUGCCUUUCCCCCCAACCCCAGAUGUGAGAUUCAAACUUGCAAUGGCAUUAUAAAUAUGUAUUCUAACUGCUUUCAUUAUCAUCAAAAUAAGCUAUGUUUUGUUAAUCUGUUUACCUAGAUGAGGGGGUUAUCUUUCAUGCAAAAUGCAAUCAAUAUGUGUACUUACGUCUGCAACUCCCUUGGAAAUGCAUCAAAAAAUAAGAUGGGUUGAUGGAUGGAUGAAUGGAUAAACGUGAUAAAACAAAUACAGCACAAUGUUAACAACUAUAGAACAAACCUAAGAGGUGACUAUAUGGAUGUUUAUUAUAAAACUGUUUCAACUUUUCUAAGUGUUUGAAAUUUUUAAUAAUAAAUUAUUGAGGGAAAUGCAAUCGUAUUUGAAACUGUUUUAAAUGGUAAGAGAGAAAUGUCGAAAUCACACAGAAUAAUUCUGCAAAAAAAGAACAGCAAGAGUUUGCUGGUUAUAUUUGUUGAGUUGGGGAGAUUUGCAUAACACGUUUACUUUAUCUCCAGAAAAUUUCCAAAAUUUACACUCUUAUCGAGCAAUGAAGGCAGGUAAAAAGGUUUAAGAAUUCUAUAGGGAAAGCAGUUCCUUUGACUGAAUUCUGAAGAGUAAAAACUGAAAUUGCUUCCAUAUCUAAAAAGAAUAUUUCCUUACCUACCCAGAAUAACUUCAUUUUCAAUACAGAUUUCCUGAAAGGAGAUAGACAACACCUUCCUUUUGAUUAAUUAUUCCUUUUGACAUUGCCUUUUCACUGUAAAUCUACCUGGAAUUACCCAAAGCAAAUCUGACAACAAAAACAUGAUCAGUACAUUGGAAAGCUUACCUACUCAACAGGGUGCAUAUGAAGUAUACGUGAACUGUGUCAUAAACCUUUUAACGUAAAUAACUUUCUGAAGUGGCAUAAGUGAGGCAUUGUUUUUGUUUGACAUUCCAUCAACGACUUUUUGGGAGUCAUCUAAAAUAUACCACACCCUACAUUUAUUUCAUAAAGAUAGGAAACUACACCAUAAUUCAAAGAAAUUGCUCAGCUACUAGUGUAUACAUAAAUGAUCUAUUUAAUAAUUAUUUACUGAAUACCUACUAUGUGACAGACACUGCACUAAGUGUAUCUUGGGUAACUGUGUAAUAUAAGAUACAAUUGUGUAAUUGUGUAAUAUAAGAUACAGGCCCUAACUUUAUGAAAUUGAUGGUUUGGUUAAGGAAGAUACACAAAUGGACAAUUAUAAAACACUUAAGUUGAUUGAUAAGUAUAUGCAUACAGUAUUAUUGAAAUUACAAGGAGAUACUCAACCCUACCUCAGGGAUCUCUGGGAAGGACUCCUAAACUUAGUCUUAAAGAGUGAGCAGUGGCCUAGAUAGGAGAGAAUGGGAGAGAAUAUUCAAUGUAGAGGUGGCAGCCUGACUAAAGUCACAGAGGCACAAAGGGAGAAUGUUGUGGGCACAGAAGAGUAGUGCCAGAGUAAAAGCUCGUUGUAUGGAGUGGAGAGACAUGAGGCUAGAGAGAGGUAGGCAGAGGUCAGCCCAGGGAUGAUCCUGUGGGAUAUUUUGAAGAGCCUGGACUUUUUCUUGGCCUCAAAAGGAUUUUUAGAAGGGAAUGACAUUUUCAGAUUGUAUCCUAGCUAGAUCUCUCUGGCCCCUAGACGUAUGAAUGUGCAGGAAACAUGGUGACCAGCUGCAGGAGUGACAUGAAGACCUAAAGAAAGACUGCGACAGUAGGUAAGGUUUCUACCAAGAGAGGCAGAUAUGUUAGACUGAAUGGGGGGUAACUUCCACGUGUCUGGCUUGCAUAAGUCUGUAGUUGAUAAUGCCUUCCAUCCAAAGUAGAUAAUAUAGAAGGAAAAGCCAAGUUGAAAGGGAAGAAGAUGGAUUCAGCUUUGAAUGUGAUAUGUCUCUGGGUUAUCUAGGUGAUUUCCAGCAGAAAGUUAAAUAUAGGAGGCUGAAGGGGAGGUCUAAAUGGGAGAUUAAAAUCUGAGUCAGCAAAAUACUAGAGAUACCCAAAAUUAUUGAGAGUGAAUAUUCAGGGUUUUAUUUUGUUUUUGCUUUUAAUUGUAGCCAUUCUUUUAUUACUAUUUUUUUUUUUUUUGAGAGAGAGAGAGAGAGAGAGACAGAGGGUCACAGAGUGAGGGGGCCAGAAGAUCUCAAGUGGGCUCUGUGCUGACAGCAGCAAACUGGAUGCGGAUGCGGGGCUUGAACUCACAAACUGUGAGAUCAUGACCUGAGACAAAGUCGGAUACUUGACUGAUAAGUCAGAUGCUUGACUGACUGAGCCACCCAGGUCCUCCAAUUUCAGCCAUUCUAAUAGGAAUAUACUAGAUUCUCACCGGUUUUAAUUUUUAUUUUCCUAAUGUCUAAUGAUGUGGCUUAUUUGAUGUUAGUGUAUCCUCUUUGGGGAUCUGUUUACCUUAUUCUCUGGGAGAUUCUUUUUCAAAUUCUUUGCCUACUUAAAAAAUUAAGUUGUUUUCUUAUUUUUACCUUUUGAGAGUUAUUUAUGCAUUCCUGAUACAAAUCCUUUACCGGAUACAUGUUUUGCGAAUGUUUUCUUCCAGUGUGUGGCUUCAACAAUGUCUUUUGAAGAACAUGUUUUAUCUCUCUGAACUUCAAUUUCUCAAUUUUUCUUUUCUACAUCAUGCUUCUGGUGUUGCACCUGAGGAGUCUUUGCCUAAAUAAGAUCACAAAUAUUUUCUCCUAUCCUCUCUCUAGGAAGUUUUAUUGUUUUGUUUUCCAUAUAGUUUAUAUGUACAUCUAUGAUCCAUUUGAAUUAAUUUUUGUUUAUGGUAUGAAGAAUGGAUGGAUGUAAUGAAACUGGAUAGAAUCAGUCAUGAAGAGUGUAUUGAAUGUGAAGUGCAAAGGGUGGAUGGAGCCUAGGAAAAAACAUAAAAUUAAGGGUUAAGUAACAGGUAUUGGGCAAAAAAAAGACACAAGGCAUUGUCUGAGAAGCAGCAGGAAAAUUCUGAAUAAUCAACACUGCCUAAGAUAAACAAUGGAAACUGUCUUCUUAACUUGGAUGAGGUCACUAGUGACCUUACCAACAGCAUUUACAGUCAAAACAAACCAUUUCGAUAUCGGAACUACAUCUAACUAACUACUUUAUAGGAAUUCCCCCUGUGGAAGCAAUAAGUCUGAAAUUCCUGAGCACUCUUAAAGGUCACUUGGAAAGGCACGGGGCGGGGGGGAAGUGAUCUUUUUUUCUUUUGUGGAGGGGGACGAGAGGGCGGCUCUGGGCUUCCCGACACUGAGGAUGGCUGAGGCAUAUCCCAGUCACGCCCCUCGGGGCACUCCGGAAUGAGGUCUUGGAGUUGGGGACAAACCCCAGGAAUCACCGCCCCGCUAGGAAAUCAGAAUCACACUGAUGGCCGGUUUGGCUACACUGACACCUCAUCAGGGAGGUAGCUGGUUAAACGGCAGCGGAAUGCAAAGGCGAGGACGGAAAUCUCUGCACUAGGGCGAUCCCGAGCAACUUAGGGAAGUCCGUCCCACACGUCACCCGUUCUCGUGACCGAAGGAGAAAAGGCGUAACGCGCCGCGCUACCCAACCUCGGGUUCAGCUCCUCCCAGGCAAAGAGCUCCUGCACUUACCCUGUCCUAGGUUGGGGAUGUGUAAAGCCACUGGCUAAGGGGAUCGCGGGUGCUCCUCGUCCUUUCCCAGAGGCCAUGCUGGGGACUCUAGACAGAUUGCCCGACCGACUGACCUUUCGCUUCCCCACCCUAGCAGCGGGCGGGUGACUUCUGGCGCAGCCGGCAGAUCUCCCCCAUCCCACCCGCAGAGGCCGGCUUGCCCGCCCCUCCAGCUAGUCGUAAAGUGCAGUAAAGGCGCUGACGUUUUGCGGCACCGUCGGUGAGGCGGGCGGCGUGGAUUUUCUCUGUGCGCGAAUCAUCGCUUUCGUCUCCCUGGACUUUGAAAUGCUUUACCUGAUCGGCCUGGGCCUGGGCGAUGCCAAGGACAUCACAGUCAAGGGCCUGGAAAUUGUUAGACGCUGCAGUCGGGUGUAUCUGGAAGCCUAUACCUCAAUCCUGACUGUAGGGAAGGAAGUCUUGGAAGAGUUCUACGGAAGAAAAUUGAUUCUUGCUGAUAGAGAAGAAGUGGAACAAGAAGCAGAUAAUAUUUUAAAGGAUGCCGAUAUCUGUGAUGUUGCAUUCCUUGUGGUUGGUGAUCCAUUUGGGGCUACCACACACAGUGAUCUUAUUCUGAGAGCAACAAAACUGGGAAUCUCUUACCGAGUUAUUCACAAUGCUUCCAUAAUGAAUGCUGUAGGCUGCUGUGGUUUACAGUUGUAUAAGUUUGGAGAGACGGUUUCUAUUGUUUUUUGGACAGACACUUGGAGACCAGAAAGCUUCUUUGACAAAGUAAAGAAGAACAGACAAAACGGCAUGCACACGUUAUGCUUACUAGACAUCAAAGUAAAGGAGCAGUCUUUGGAAAAUCUAAUCAAGGGAAGGAAGAUCUAUGAACCUCCUCGGUAUAUGAGUGUAAACCAAGCAGCCCGGCAGCUUCUGGAGAUUGUUCAGAAUCAACGAGUACGAGGAAAAGAGCCAGCAGUCACCGAGAAGACACUCUGUGUUGGCUUAGCCAGGGUUGGAGCUGAGGACCAGAAAAUUGCAGCAGGCACUUUGCAGCAAAUGUGUACUGUGGACUUGGGAGGACCGUUACACUCUUUAAUUAUCACAGGAGACAACAUGCAUCCAUUGGAGAUGGAGAUGCUAAGUCUGUUUUCCAUACCAGAAAAUAGCGCAGAAUCCUAAAGCAUUGAUGGAAUGGAAGCAUAGACAUUUUCUAUUGUUAGAUGUUAGUUUCAGUCAUAUCUGCACAUACCCGUAUUUGUAUAAUGAACAGUUCUUUUGGUGUACCUAAUAAUUAUAAAACAAGUGACCAAGAAGAAAGAUCUUGACUCAAUAAUACUUAGUUUCCUGUGGCAGUGAGUUUUUUCCUUAUGACAUCAUCAUCUGUUGCUGCUAUUUUGGUGAUUUUUGAGGAUGUACACACAUGGAGCAGACCAAGCCUGAAAACUUGUGGGCAGAUAUUCAUAUUGUUAUUUAAAAGCAGUUUUUACUUACGAAAUGAGUUUAUACAAUGUGGAACUUUCUUCUUUUUUAAAAGUCAGCUGUGCUGACCACAAGAUGAAUUGUCCUGACAGUAGUUGGUAUUAGUGCUUUAAGCAGAGGUGGGAAGAGUAGGUACCACCCAACCGUCCUCUUACUUAAAGCUCAGCUGAGUACAUGCCACAAAAUGACAUCUUUCUGAAUUGCCUUGUCUUGUUUAGCUGACACUCUAAUUAUGUGGUUCAUAUUCUGCUGUAUUUUGGAGGUUAUAUAAUUGUUGAAUUAUAAAUGUUCAGCCAGCCAUGGACAGUUGCUGUUUGGUUUUAAAUAGCAUCUUUCACAUCCAAGUGGACAAAUGGAAAACUUAAUGACUAUAAAAUAUGGCUUUAAAAAAUUUAAGUUUGAAGACAUUGGGUUAGGCAAGAUUUGUCAUAUCACUUAACUCAGUAAUAUGCCACCGUAUGUAUGUAAGUAGUCACAUUCUUUUUCCUAGUUAUAAACAGCUCUGCAUUUAUAAUAUUUCAUGACUACUGUAGAGUCUUGUACUUUUUGUUCAUAACAAAAAUAGCUUUGCUAGAUGCUAGUUUGGUUGGUCUAACUCUAAAUAUUUCCAUGGCUUAAUCAACCAUAGCUUAAAUUUUGUUAAAUUCAUUGGAAGUUGAACAUAUACUUCCCUACUUCCUGGGAGCAUUAAUUAACAAGAGAUUAUUCUGACUUAUUUCAUUUGAGAUAAAAGGUAUUUUAAAUAUAUAUGAAAUAUUCUGUUUUUAAUCUGUUACAUAAAAAGGGAGAGAGCCAAGGACAUUUAAGUACCAGUUCUGUGUUGUUUUCUUCUGAGGCAUUAAAGCAAGCAUUGAAGAAUUAUGUAAGGAAGGACUUCUGGCUUUGGUAAUGGUGGAAUAGCUUGUAAUGUACAAGCCCUCCCAAUUAUAAACUCUGGGAAAAACAUAACUGUCUGAAGACACUGGGGAAUGACCAAAAGCAGGCUGAGAACUAUACUUAUAUAUAGCUUUUUCCCUCAGGCCAUUCCCCAGUCUGUCUGGUAAGGGAUGGCUAGAAUUCAAGAGAAGGCUAGAAUUCAAGAGUCUUAUUGGCUUGAGGUGUCAGAGAAAUUGGGGGCUGCUAGAGGAGCUGUAAAGUGAGGAGGAAAUUCUAGAAAUGGAGAUGGCACUGAAGGAGGAGCCAGCCUUACAGUCUGUAUACGAAUCUCCUCUUAAUUCUUUGGCUAACUGCUGAAUUAUGCUUUGUACAGGGGAAGACUCCAUGAACCUGGUGGAAAGCCAUAGCCUGAAGGCUGAAAAAUCUGAGCAAAGUUUGUUGCUUUGUAUUGCAAGGGAAAACAGUUUUGAGUUUGAAUCCCGUCAAGUUAGAAGGCUUGGUAAGCACUUUAGGCUUUCUGUCUAAUCUCUAGAAUGGCUGUGUAUUAGAAGAGACCAUGCCCAGGACUAAGGAUUUGCCUGAAACUAAAGACAAAACCUUUAACAUAAUGUAAAAUCAAUCCUCCAUGAAAUCAAGGUGAUUAGUCCAUAAUUUAACUGCCUGCUGGAACAAAUCUUAACACUUGUAGGGCAUGAUAACAAAUUGAGUCUCUUUAGCAUAUCAACAGUGACUAGGAACAAUAGUUGUAAUGAAUGUAUAUAGAUGAGUGCUGUCAGAGAAAUGGAAGCAAAAACCCAAAUGGUUGGACCUAACAGCAGAGUGCAGAUGACAGGUGGAUAGAAAUUGUCCUGAUGAAUAAAGGCUAAAAAAUAACUGGAAAGAAGAAAACAGCACAGUGCUUCAAAGUCAUGGGGGGCAGUAUUCAGCAGUCCAAUGCAUAUGUAAUUGAAUUCCCAGAAGGAGAAGAGAGAGAAAAUAGGGCAGAAAAAUUAUGAGUAGGUUAAGAUCAAAAUUUUCCCAAGUUUGGUGAAACUAUCAGUACAUAGAUCCAGUAAGCUCAGUGAACUCCAAACAAAAUAAAUGUAAAGAAAACAAGACCUAACACAUCAUAGCUAAAACUGAUGAGAACCAAAGAUAAGAGAAAAAUCUUAAAAGCAACCAAGAGUGGUAGUCGGGAACCCACUACACACAGGGGAGCAAUAAAUGUUGGGCUGCUUCACCUCAGAAACCGUGGAGGUCAUGAGACAAAAGAAGAACAUCUGUAAAGUACUGAAAUUAAAAAGUAAAACCAAACCAAAUCUUAUCAGUCCAGAGUGGCAGAGUUCUUACAUUUUAUUUAAAGCAGCGGAAUACUAAUUGUAGACUGAUCAGGUCUAUGUAGGUUAUGUAUUGAAAUCUUUUGGCAACUGCAAUAAAGAAGAAAGGCAGAAGUAAAAAAAAAAAAAAUUAGAGGAAUUAAAAUUGAAUACUGAAAGAUAUAUGAUUCAUCAAAAAAAAAAAAGGCAAGAAAGGAGGAAAUAUAGGUACAAAAUAUAUAGGACAAAUAGAAAAAUAGCAAAAUGAUAGACCUAAAUUUAACCAAAUCAGUAAUUACUUAAAUGUAAACCAAACACUCCAAUGAAAAGAACUAGAUUUUUUUAAAGGUCCAACUAUAUGUUGUCUAUAAGAGAGUUAAACUUUAAGUGUAAAGACACAAGAUGAAAGUAAAAGAAUGGGGGAAAAACAGACUAUACAAACAGAAAACAAAAGAAAACAAGUGGCUGUAUUAAUAGAGAUAAAAUAGACUUCAAAAGGAGUAUAAUGGAGAUAAAAAAGGACUUUUCAUAAAGAAAGGAUAGUUCAUCAAGAAGACAAAAUCCUAAAGGUAUAUUCCUUGAAUACCAGCUUUAAGAUACAUGAGGCAGAAACUAACAAAAGGGAGAUACAGCCAUAUCUACAAUCAGAGUUGAGGAUUUUAACAACCUCUUGGCAACUGAUAGGCAAAACAUUAGCAAAAAUACUGACAGUUUGAACAAAAACCAUUUGCACCCAACUGAUACUGAAAGAUCACUACACCCAAUAGUGGUAGAAUAGACCUUAUUUUCAAGCAUGUAUGAAACAUUCAGCAAAGUAGACCAUAUGCUUGGCUAUUAAAUUAAAAGUCACCAGGGGCACCUGGGUGGCUCAGUCGGUUGAGCGUCCAACUUCGGCCCAGGUCACGAUCUCACAGUCUGUGAGUUCGAGCCCCGCGUCAGGCUCUGUGCUGACAGCUCAGAGCCUGGAGCCUGCCUGGGAUUCUGUGUCUCCCUCUCUCUCUGCCCCUCCCCCAUUCACACUCUUAUGUUUCUCAAAAACAAACAUUAAGAAAAAAUUUUUUUAAAUCACUAUCACUAACAAAAAGAUGUCUAGAAAAGUCCCAAAUAUUUGGAAAUAACAUUUAUUUUAACUGAAUAAAAACAAUAUUAAAUAUGAAAAUUUGUGGGAUGCAGGUAAAGCAGUUCUUAGAAAUUAUAGCUUUGGAAAUCUAUAUUAGAAGACAAGUUUUAAAAUCAAUGAUAUGUUUCCAUCUUAGCUAGAAAAAAAAGUGUAUAAAAACUAAGUAGAGGAAAGGAAAUACUGAACAUCACGGCAGAAAUCAGUGAAAUAGAAAAUGGUCAAACAAUAAAAUUAACAAAGCCAAUGGAAUGUCAAAGAUUUUGAAGGCUAACAACAGUAAAAGUUGCAAGGAUAUGGAGUAACUGAAAUUUUCCUGCUGUUGGGAAGAAUAUAAAUGGGCAUAACUACUUUGGAAAGUAGUUUUCAGUUUCUUAUAAAUUAAAGCCAUGAACUAGUAAAAUCAGUUCUAGGUAUUUACCCAAAAGAAAUGAAAACAUUGACAAAACAAUUGCAUAAGAAUGCUUUUAACUUUAUAUAUUUAUUCGCUUAUAGCCCCAAACUGGAACCAAGCCAUGUGUCCAGUAGGAGAAUAGAUUUUAAAAUUUGCUGUAUUUUACAAUGGAAUAUUAAUUAACAAUAAAAAAGAAUGAACCACUGACUUCUACAACAUGAAUUAAUUUUAAAAACAUGUUAGCAACAGGGAAAAGUAGUCACAAGAAAAUAGUAUUUGCCCAUGGAGAGAAUGAAGAUUGGCUGGCUGGGGAUAAUAGGGAACCUGAGGUAAUGGAAAUAUUCUGUAUCUUGAUUGGGUGUUGGUUGUAUGGGUAUAAACAUUUACCAAAAUUCAUUCAAAUAUAUACAUUUAGGAUCUGUGCAUUUUUCUGUAUUAGGAUUGCCAGAUCAAAUAAAAUAAUCCAGUUAAAUUGAA